AUGAUUGAAUUCGUUUGUUUAAAAAGAAAAUUGCUGUGUUGCUGUUACUGUUCGUCAUCUUCAUCGUCAUUUAUAACGAGCAUCGGUGUUUUCGUAUUAGUUUUAGCAUAUACGGUUUUAGGAGCGUUUAUAUUUAUGGCACUCGAGGGUGGAUUCGUUGGUAAAACACAAUUCGAUUUAAACACGGAUAAAUCCAUAAUAAAAACAACCGGAAGUGGUGGUGGUGGUGGGGCAGGAGGAAGUGGAUCCGAUCACACGAAUCCCGAUAAUAAAAAACAAAAAAUGAUAACAAACGACGAUAUCCGAUUGCAAACGGUUGAAAAAUUAUGGAGCAUAACGGAAGAUUUAAACAUAUUAUAUAAGGAAAAUUGGACUCGGUUGGCCACGCAGGAAGUUUUAAAGUUUCAAGAAAAUCUCGUGAAAACUUUUAAAAAUUACGGUGAUAAAAUUACCGUUAAAACAAACGACGUUUCCGGUGACGGUUCCGCCGUUUAUUACUCUCAUCAUCAACACAAUUGGAGUUUCGCUUCGAGUUUUCUUUAUUCUCUAACUCUUAUCACGACCAUAGGUUAUGGAAGCGUAGCACCGAGAACGCCUUGGGGAAAACUCACAACAAUAUUAUACGCGUUAAUUGGAAUUCCUCUCAUGCUUAUUUAUUUGUCGACGAUCGGAGAAAUCCUAUCACGAUAUUUCCGAACGUUAUACGCUAAAAUAUUUUGCGUCGGACUAAGGAAAAAAUCUAAAAAUUCAGAUAAUAAUAAAAAACAGAGCAAAAGUAAAAAGUGUAAUAGUAGUAGCGGAGGUGGUGGUAGUGGCGGUGGGGGUGGCGGUGGUAGCAGCAGCAAUAAUAAAACGGAAAGGACUUUUUUAAAUGCUGCGACUUACGGUCAUAUAAAACAUAAUAAUAUCCCUGAUGGUAAAAUCCCACUCACGACGGGGAGCACGGAUGACAUGAUGAAAGAUAUCAGAGCGACGGGGAUUUACGAUUCAGCGACGGAAGUGUGCACUUUGAAACACGUUUGCCCCCAUAACAUAAUAGUUAAAGUUCCCAUUUCGUUUUGUUUUAUUAUAAUAUUAUUAUAUAUAUGCGGGGGAGCUUAUCUUUUUCACACGAUUGAAAAUUGGACAUACCUUGAAAGUUCGUUUUUUUGUUUCGCCAGUUUGAGCACGAUCGGUUUCGGAGAUCUCAUGCCGGGUUUGAAUCACAACGUGAACCUUACAAAAAAGUCUUCCGUGAGCGGUGAAAUCAUUUCCGUGGCAAUAGCAAGCAGUUAUUUAUUAAUCGGCAUGGCGAUGAUAGCCAUGUGUUUUAAUUUAGUUCAAGAGCAAGCGGUCGUGACGUUGAAAAAAAUGACAAAAUUUUUCGGAGUCAUCAACGACGGAAUGGAGGAAAAAGACGAUUUAGAGGAAGAAAGUAAAAGGAAUCACGUGGGAUUUACGUCGGAGAAAAAAAAUAUCGUGCCCAUAUUGAAACAACCGAAUAAAAUAUUACAAACGCACACCUUACCCAGACGUAGCAGAGAUGAUGAUAAAGGAGGACACAUACGGGUGAACGAAUUUCAAAGAAGAUCCGCGACUCGAUGUUCCGGAAGUUCCCUCAUCAAAUCAUCGAGUAGUAACGAAGCCUUGGAAUAUUUUGUACCACGAAGCGUCAGCGAAUUCAAUUUGGCCGGCAUUGUCACGGACGUGGUUAUAAUUCCACCGCCGCCUCAAGCUGUUAUCAGACCCUCAUCGGCUGCCAGCAUUCUUAGACCGAAUAAUCAUCGUCUGGGAGACCAGAUGGUUAUAUCUAAUGAAAAAACAAAAGAAAAAAUGGUCACGUUUAAAGAUGAUGCCGUGGCUGUAAACAAUAGGAAAACAUUAACGACCGUCGAAGAUGUUUUCAUGUGA